AUGCCAUGGAUCCUACCCGACGCAUCAACACGCAACUACCAGCCACCGAGCACCACCAGUCUACCCCCAACACUGUUCAACGUCCUGGACUCGAUCACCUUCAUAAUCUCCCAGACCAAGUCCUUCUUCGGCACCCUCGACAAGCACGAGGCCCUGGCACGGAUCAAGGCUCAGGCUAUCCAGGCCGACCGGGAAGACGUCCUGAAGGAGGUCGAGAUCGUCGAGCGGCGCUGGGCUGGGAUCGUCAAUGAGGACGUCCCCAAAGAAGCGCGUCCCGCCGUCGAAGCAGAGCCCAUCCCACUCAACCCAGUCAGAAAACCUUCCAAGCCAGCAGACGAUCCGAGCAGGGAGAGAGAGAUCCCCAUGCGGCUCUCACACCUCCUGUCGAACGUCUCAACGAUCCCCGAAUCAGCCAGCCAGAGCUUCACAAACGCAUACGACCGCCAGAUGGUACUGGAGUAUGCGGGGUACGAUUCGGCGGAGGCGGAAUGGUUCGAAGGGCACAAGGAGAUCAAAGAGCGGGGCGUGGGUUUCUCUAAUGGGGAUGGCGGCCAGGUUCUGCAGGCGUGGAUGUGGGAGUGGUGGGAGGAGCUGAAGGCCUGGUUCGAUUCGCUGGAGGUGGACGAGACGGGCACGGUGCUGGAUGGGAAGAAGGAGGCGAUCUCGAGCGACUUACGCUUCAUCAACGUGCUCCCGAACUCGUUGAUUGCCAAGGUGGCGGUGGUCGAGGUGAUCAGGGAGAUGAGCAACAGCACGAUCAACGACGGGGCCAAGUCGAUCGGACUGUUUAUCGCGCUUGGCAAGGCGAUCGAGAACGAAUGGUACGCCCAGACGAUCAAGUCGAUCCCCGAACUCAACCAGAAACUGCUCGCUUCUAUCAAGCUGGCCAACCAGGAGGCCGUCGAUACCGCUAGUCGCUCCCUCGAUCAUACCGUCCGCAAGAUCUGGAAAAACGAACUCAAACACUACCAGGCUGAUCUGCAGGCUAUCCAUGGCGAUAACUUCGAUUGGACUAUCCAGCAACGCUCCAAAGUCGGCGCACUGGUCAUGCGAGGCUUGUUGGAGACCUCCAAGAUCACCAGGAGUACGGUCCUUGAGGAUGGAUCAGUCUACGAGGAAGUCCAGCCGGCGUUCUACCAAACCACGCAAUACUUUGAUGGGAAACGGGUAGGCGUGACGAAGAUGAACGAAGCGGUGGCGGAGAGGCUAGACCGGGACCCGGCGAAUGUGACGCUACAUCCGCGGUAUCUGCCGAUGGUGUGUCGGCCGGUGCCGUGGACGCAUCCGCGGAACGGGGCCUAUCUGGUGCACGGCGCGCCGCUGAUGCGGACCCGGGACUCGCCGGAACAGGCGCUCCAUCUGCUCGAGGCCCACCGCUACAACGGCCUCGAGCCCGUCUAUAAAGCCCUCGACAAGCUCGGCCAGACCCCCUGGAAAAUCAACCGCCCCAUCUUCGACGUCAUGUCCGCCGUCUGGAACCAGGGCAUCGAGCUCGCCGGCAUCCCUAUCAGAGAUCCCCAUCUUAACCUCAAACCCGAACAGAUCGAGAAACUCUUCUUCUCCGCCUCCGCUCCCUCCGCCGACGAUGACCAGGACCCUCAGCUCGAAAAUCCUCGAUCCGAAGGCGAGAAAAAGGAAAUCUACCGCAGCUUGUUGGCCAGUAGACGGUCGGCCUACGGCCAACGAUGUUCGGUGAACUACCAACUAGAGAUAGCCCGAGCAUAUUUAAACGAGACGUUUUACUUCCCCCAUAACAUCGAUUUCCGGGGCCGCGCCUAUCCGAUCCCGGCGAAUCUGAACCACAUCGGCGACGACAUCUCGCGCGGCUUGCUCAUGUUUGGCGAGGACAAGGAGCUCGGAGCGGAUGGGCUCCGGUGGCUGAAGAUCCACCUCUCGAACAAGUAUGGCAACGAUAAGGCCAGCCUCGACGAUCGGGCCCGGUUCAUCGACGAGCGGCUUUCGGAGGUCUUCGAUUCGGCGGACCAUCCUUUAGAGGGCCGACGAUGGUGGCUGGAGUCGGAAGAUCCCUGGCAGACCCUCGCGGGCUGCAUGGAGCUAACGGCGGCCCUACGCAGCGGGGCGCCGGAGCAGUUCCGCUCGAGUCUGCCGGUGCACCAAGACGGCUCGUGCAACGGGCUGCAGCAUUAUGCGGCCCUCGGCGGGGACGUCGACGGCGGGAAAGAGGUCAACCUCGUCCCGGGAGAAAAGCCUGGCGACGUCUACUCCAAGGUCGCCGUCGAGGUCAAUAAGCUCGUCGACCUCGACGCCCAGAACGGCCAUGAUAUCGCCAAGGCUCUGAAGGGCCAUAUCAAGCGCAAAGUCGUCAAACAAACCGUCAUGACUACUGUUUAUGGGGUGACGUUUGUGGGCGCGCGGGAACAGAUCAAGCGGCAGUUGAAAGAUCUGGGGGUGAUUCCGAUCCCGAACUUGUACAUCUCCGCGGCCUAUGUGGCCACCUUAGUGUUGCGGUCAAUUGGGGAGGUGUUCAAGGGCGCGGUGGCUAUCCAGAAAUGGCUCACCAUCGUCGCCCGACUGGUCUCCAAAUCCAUCCCUCCCGAACGGGUCGCCGCAUUGACCAAGAAAAAGACACCAACCACAGCAACGCCAUCGUCGACGACGGGCACCGGGGCGACUGAGGGGGAGGAGAAGGAGGAGGGCGCGGACAAGACGAAGAAGCCCCGGCCGGUCAAACGCAAGCUCCCCGGAUCGUCUUCGUCGGAUAUGGACGUCGAGGUCGAGCUCAUGACGUCCAUGACCUGGACGACGCCGCUAGGCCUGGUCGUCUGCCAGCCCUAUCGCGCCCAGAACCGCACCCAAAUCAAGACCGUCCUGCAGACCGUCUACAUCGCCGACCCCUUCGAGCCCGCCCAGGCUGACUCGCGCUCCCAAGCCUCCGCCUUCCCGCCCAACUUCAUCCACAGUCUGGACGCCACACACAUGAUGCUCACCGCGCUUGCCUGCCCAGAUAUCACGUUUGCGAGCGUGCAUGACUCGUAUUGGACCCACGCCGCCUCCGUCGAUACGAUGAACGAGCACCUCCGCGCCGCCUUCGUCCGGCUCCACACCACCCGGAUCCUCGACAACCUUGCCCAAGAAAUCAGACAUCGGUACGAGGGCUACAAGGUGCCCAAGAACGCCCUCACAACUCGGAUGGUCUCCGAGCUCAAAGCCAUGGGCAUCGACUUCAAUCUCCCCAACACCGAUCCCGCAGGACCGAGUGCUAGGUUCUACGAGCUCCAUAUGCUCAUCCCGCCUCUCCCUCCUAGAGGAAACUUGGACAUCCAUGCCGUGCUCAAAUCGAAGUACUUCUUCGCUUGA